UCGCCACGGUGGCUUCUGCAGGCUGUGCCUCAUGCAGAACCACGCCGUGCAGGCCUUCGCCAACAGUGGCAAUGCCAUCAAGCCCGUCGCCUUCAUCCGCGACCUCAAAAAGAUCGCCCGGCAUUUCCGCUUCGGCAGCCAGGAGGACGCGCACGAGUUCCUGCGCUACACCAUCGACGCCAUGCAGAAGGCUUGCCUCAACGGCUGCACCAAGCUGGACCGCCAGACGCAGGCCACGACACUGGUUCACCAAAUCUUCGGCGGUUACCUGCGGUCCCGCGUGAAGUGUUCGGUGUGCAAGAGCGUCUCAGACACCUACGACCCCUACCUGGACGUGGCCCUGGAGAUCCGGCAAGCGGCCAACAUUGUGCGCGCGCUGGAGCUCUUCGUUAAGGCAGAUGUGCUGAGCGGGGACAACGCCUACAUGUGUGCCAAGUGCAAGAAGAAGGUGCCGGCCAGCAAGCGCUUCACCAUCCACCGCGCUUCCAACGUCCUCACGCUCUCCCUCAAGCGCUUUGCCAACUUCAGCGGGGGCAAGAUCACCAAGGACGUGGGCUACCCCGAGUUCCUGAACAUCCGACCCUACAUGUCCCAGAGCAGCGGCGACCCGGUCAUGUACAGCCUCUACGCGGUGCUGGUGCAUUCGGGGUACAGCUGUCACGCGGGGCACUACUAUUGCUAUGUGAAGGCCAGCAAUGGGCAGUGGUACCAAAUGAACGACUCCCUGGUCCAUGCCAGCAACAUCAAGGUGGUCCUCAACCAGCAGGCCUACGUGCUCUUCUACCUGAGGAUCCCAGGCCCCCGGAAGAGCCCUGAGGGCCCCCCUGCCAAGACUGCUUCCACCCUGCCCGGCCGCACUGGUGUCGACCAGAUCAAGAAGGCCGUUGCCAACGGGCCCCUCUCCUCGCCGCUGAUUGGCAAAAGGCCAGAUGUGCCGCAGGGGAAGAAGUCUCCAGGAGCGGAGGAGAUGGGCGUACCGGUGGCCCGGAGCACGUUCGGGAUGGGGCCCAAGCUGCAGAAUGGGACCAUGCAGCCCAAGAGCCCAGUGGGGUCCCCCUCGUCCAAGCUGGCUCCCAGGCCUGUCCCCAUGGCACCGGAGGAGCCGGGCAGGAGGCCCAAGAAGCUGCUCGCUGCACCGCAGCAGCACACGCUGCCCAAGGCCACUCGGGACACUGGCGGGGCCAAGCCGGAGGUCGCCAAGCAGAGCUCGUGGGGGAGCAAGGAGUCGCUGUCACCACCCUCACCCAAGCUGCCCGUGCGGUCAGCUGCCAGCAGCCAGGAGCCCACGGGCAGCAGGGGCAGCCCCGAGCCCCAGGAGCGGGACCGCAGCCGCAGCAGCCCGGCCAGCCCCGCGCACGGCACCCUGGGUGACUCGCCCAAGGGGCCUCCCAAGGCCAAGAGCCGUGCCGGCAGCUUCUGCGCCCCUGUGGACACAGACUGCGGCCAGGCCGAGUCGGAUGCCGAGACGGCUGGCCCCGAGGACGUCAAGCUGGCAAAGAUGAAGUCCCCACUGCUGGCCAACGUCGCGCUGGAGCUGAGCAGCACCAUGUCCCCACCGCCCGCAAAGAAGCUGGCUCUCUCGGCCAAGAAGGGCAACACCCCGCGGAGGGCGAGCGGAAGUGACCGCCGCACGCAGCCGCACCCACCUUUUGCCAACCACACCUCCCCUAUGGCCACGACCCACCCCGCCUCCGCCUCUCCCUGGCCUCCUGGCAAGCCCAGGUCAUCCUCAUCUGCUCCCAAACCUCCAGCUCCUCUGAAGCCUGCCAGCAGCUCCCUCCCCAGCUCAGACUCCCCGUCCCCCCCCAGUGCUCGCUCUCACCUCCCGGCCUCCGCCCCCCCUGCCCUCCCUCCACAGCACCCCCUGUCCCAGGGUCAAGAGCCGGGGCCCACCAGGACCCUCCCUGGCUCCAAAAAGAAGCGGCGGAAGCACCGUCUGGGGGUGGAGGGCAGUGCCACCAGCCCUGGCCUGGGCAGUGGGGGCUUGGGGCUCUGCAGCCCGCCCCGCAAAAGGAAGCACAUGGAGCAGGACCAGCGCCCCGUGUCUCAGGAGAAGGGAGCAGCCACAAAGAAGACAGAUAGCUGGAAGAGAGAGGGGCUGGGGGGCGAACACAGGGCCCCCCCCCACCCCCGCCCCCCGCCACUGGAUCCCAGCAGCCCGGCGGGCUCUCGGACCAGCUCCCCCCGAAAGAGGAAGAAGAAGAAGCGAGAUGUGGAGGAAGGACGUAGCCUGGGGACCUCGCUGCUGAGCAGCUGCUCUGCCUGGGACGAGGCAGAGACCAGGGCUGUGGAGCCCAGGCGGGUAAAGCCGCAGGAUGCAGGGACGGCUGGCGAGAGCGAGCAUCGGAAGUGCAAGAAGAGGGAGAGCGUCAGCAGCCUGUCCCCCCAGCCUGCCUCUGAGCAGCCGGCUGCAAACGGCCUCUGUCAUGUGGACAGCGCUUCAGUGCCAGUGUUCACCUGGGACAGCCAGGUCAGAGACGGGUGCAAGCACUGCCCCACCGCCCCAAGCCCCGAGAAGGGCACAGGGGCCAGGGCAGCCUGGCAGGGCCAGGAGGAGCACAGCACAGUACAGGAGCUGCUCCGGGAUUCCCUGGACAAAGCGUACGGGAAGCAAGUGCUGACAUGGGAGGGCCAGGCGUCCGCUGUGAGCCGGGACGCCAUCCAGGAUGCAACCUGGGCCCGUAGUGCAACCGUCCUUGACGAGUGGGACGAAGAGUUUGACAGAGGGAAGGUGAAGAAGAUCAAGAAGCUGAAGCGGGAGCGGAGGAGGAGUUUCAACGCCUUCCAGAAACUGCAGAACAAGCGCAACUUCUGGUCUGUGACGCACCCGGCCAAGGCCGCCAGCCUCAGCUACCGGCUCUGAGGUGGGGGUGCCUGCGGCCACCUGCCCUGCAGCCCCAACGUGGGGGCCGGGCUGCACGGCAGGCCCACCCCGGGGUCCCCAUUGCUGCUGCUGCUGCCUGGUCUCUGCCCCACUACGUGCUUCACUGGCAGGGCCAGGCUCUGGCACAACCCCUUGGGCUGGCGCCAGGGGCCUAGGCUCUGCCCUGGCGGGGAGCUGCAGGCUGGUCAGUGCUACUCCCUCCAGCCCAGCUGUGCCCCCCUUGCCCUGCUGCCCUCCGGCUGGGCGUGGGGCAGCAGGAUGGUACCAGGCUCCCCCACCCCCAUUCAGCCCAUCCACCAAGGACCAGUGUCUCGGCACAGGGCUGCUGUGCUGCUCCGGAGGGCCCUGCUGCCCGGGGGUCCCCAUCCUCUCCCUGUAGCCGUGCAUGGCUGGCAGCGCUGCGGUGCAUUUGUCUCCGAUCUCACUACCCCUGUGCACUGCCUCUGUCAGCCAAAGAGCAGAUGAGGGGUUCAUGGGCAGGAGGUGCUUCAUUCUCCAGUCUGUACAUAGAGAAAAGCCUCGAUUUCUGUCCCUCCCCUGCCCUGCUGCGGGGCUCCAUGCCCUGCCGCUGUACAUGUGUAGAUACCUGUAAAUGGCUGAGUUUUGCACCGCCCCCCGGGGCCAGGAACCGUCCUCGGCUGUUGCCAAAUCCUGGUGCAAUAAAGUAAUGGGUUUUGCGA